AGCAAGGAGACCCUUUGUGUAAAUGGGGAGCACAUGUGAAAGUGCUUCUGUAAUGUAAUCAUUGAGACCGGAAGGGUUCAUACUGUGUCUGAAAAGAGACAAUAGAGCUUGGAUAUAUCAACAUUGCAGAAAUCGAGUUCAUUUGUGAUUCAGCCCCUUUCACUAUGGUUGUCAUGAAAACUUCCUACUUUGAUCAGCAGAGGGUGGAGAGAGAGGGGGGAAAAAAAAUCUUCUAAAGGCCGAAGGAUGCGGCACUGUUGUUUACUGUGCACUUGGCUGCAGGUCACGCCCCCUUCCGGAAGGAGCAACAGGGACCGGAGCAUCGUGCACCUUGACCUGUCUAGACUGGAGAGAAGUUUUUUUGUCCCGGUUACCAAGGGCGAGGGGUGCUCUUUGACCCUUAGAGCACUAGCUGUUGAGACCCUCACUAAGUAUGUAGUUAGUGUCUAAAUGUUUCUGCUGAAUUCUUGCUGAAUUCUGAAGGGAAAGGAACGGACAAAGACAUGGACCAGCUGUUCUAAAAUAAAGCUGAAAUAGUAGAACCUUGGAGAAGUUAAAUUGCAUUCCCUUAGCCCAGUCAGAGGCUUUCUUAACAGAAGUUUUGGAGACCGUUUGUGAGAGAAUGAAUGACUACAAACUUGAAGAAGAUGAGGAAACUAAUGCAAGGACAUUCAAGAGAUUUGCUCCAAGGAAAGGGGACAAAAUAUACAAAGAAUUCAAACGAUUCUAUUUUUAUUCUGAUGCUUACAGACCUUUGAAAUUUGCGUGUGAAACUAUAAUAGAAGAAUAUGAAGAUGAAAUAUUCUCACUUAUCGCCCAGGAGGCAGACCAUCUAGCUGACAAGUUGUGCAGUGAAAAAUCAGAUAUUUGUGCUGCUUCUUCUACUAGUCACACUGAGCUUUAAGACGACUGAACUACUAGUUAUAAAGAGAAGUAAGGUGACAAUCUCUCCCCUCCCCCAAAGGUCAAUGCCUAUGUUCUCUGUCUCUUCAUGCCUUUUAGCACCAUAAUCAGUACUCAUUCCACUGCCUUAAGUGUAUGCUAAGUUCUUUGAUGGUAAAAAUUUAGCAAUUUUUUAAAAAAUGAAAAAUAAAAUGAUGAACUCAUUCCUCUGAAUAUUUUCUGAAGGUAAAGUUAUAGUAUCCAUUCACUUUGAUUCUGUAGCUUUUGAUAAUGAGAGACGUGGUAGAUAAAUGCACUUUUCUUAGAGGGUUGUAGGAAAAAUAUUUCCUGUAAACACUAAUAAGAACUUAGUAGGUUUUAGCAAAUUAUGCAUCAUCAAUAGAUGCUUUUUGGUUAGAGGAUAAACAGCUGAGUGGAACCAUGAAGCCAAGCAAUAAUUAUUGGCAAGUAGUUCCUUAACCUUUCUAGCUCAGGGCAAAUAUUGCCUAUCUUGGUUUUUAUAAGAGAUAGAUUUCAAUAACCUAAUUAUCUUAAAUUUUUAAAAAAGAAUACCACAAAUCUGAAGUUAGUAAUUUUUGUUUAGAAUCACAAUGGAUUCUCAUAUUUACCAUAAGUUUUAAAAUAGCAAAAUCUAAAUUCAAAUGAUCUAAAAAGUUUAUUUCUUGUUAAUUAUAUAAUAUCCUCUUAAAAGAUCCCAGCAAUAAAGAUGCUUUGUUUUACCGCUACAUAUAUGCUUAGGAAAAAUUAUUAUUGCUAGUGUACAACAAAAGUUAUUUUCAAAACUAAUGGUCCAGUAGUUUUUAUGAUUAUUAUUAUUUUGGAAAGGGAAAGGCAAGGCUUUGUUAGAGUGGAAGGUACUAUAACUUUCAAUCAUGGUGCCGUGCCUUUAAUUAAAUUCAAAAAAAUAUUACUCCUUGCACAUAGUAAAUGCUUAAUAAGUACUAUUUGAAUGAAUAAUAAAAAUCUAAUUAUUGGAAUGUUAUCUAUUUCUACAUAAUUUCUCAACAAUGGAAUUCUACUUUAUUCAACAUCUGUACAUAUUCUUCACUUAUUGUGAAAGAAAAAUACUCAUUGAUGUCCCCAGGAAUAACUAGAGUCUAUGCCCAAGAAGGUAGAGAGUAAAAUUAUUUGUCUUUACAAAAAGAAACUGUGCAUGUGACAUACUUAUUCAGAAAACAUAUAUUUUGGCCAGGUAAUUGGGCCACUGGCAAGAAAAACCUCUCAAGUUUAGGAAAAUGUAUAGAGUUUUAUUUUUGUGUAUGUGUGAACACUGUCCUUACAAACAGACUUAUCAGUCCUAAGACAGUUUCAGUUUUUAAAAUAGGGAAAUACAGUUCUUGUUUUUUAUUUUUAAGUAGAAGCAUCUUUGUUCUUUCUUCAGCAAAUCAUAACAAGUUUAUCAUAAUCUGUCUGAACUAUAACUAGACUAAAAUAGAUAAAAGCAAGAUUAAUAAAUGUCACCCUUUUUCAGUAAGGAGGCAGAACUAUAACUUUUCUUUUGUAUUAUAAACCUCUCUAUCUUAAAUUUACAUGGAAACAUGUACAUUUGUUAGCAUCGGAAGGACUAUCAUCUAUAUUUUCCUGACUUAGGUUUCGUUAGUGAAUUCUCUGGAGAGGAAUAUAAACUUGUAAUGCAGUUUACCACUGAAAUAACUUCUUGGAAAGAUGGUACCGAUCAAAGAGUACUUACUUAUUAGCCUUGUAUUCAAAUAUCAUUUGAGCAAAGAUUUCUGGUCCACUCCAAAAUUUCUAUUAAAAAUAUUAACCUGUUCCAAAUCAUAAACAAGUUUCUGGGAUAUUUCCCCCACUCGGAUUAAUUCUAACAAUUCUUCCACCAGAAUUUUUUCAAGGUGGAUAAUGCUAAUAUUUGUUUAUGCAUUCAGGAGCUGGAAGCAAGCUUCCCUUAAACUGACUAAUGUACAUCUUAUACUGAUGUUGAUACUUCUGUUUUGAAUGGUGAUGAUAAUAUAUUUUACUAGCACAGCUACCAUCUCCUGCUUUAAGUUGUUUUUUUAAAAAAUAUAUUUGCACAUUGUUCUUGAAUUUCCCAAUGAAAGUGGUUCAAUAUCUUAUAAGAGUCUUGGCAUUUUGAAGCCUCCCGUAGUUGGUAUUGCAUAUUUCCUUUCUAUAAAAUUUUGUGAAGAUCAUUUGGGUAGUUUGUAAGUUUUUAAAAGCUUUUGUUAAAUCCAUCAGAAUAUCUGUAGAUGCUCAAAUUAUUCAUUAAAAAAAAAGUUGUGCCAAACAAAAA